AUGAAGAGCCACCAUAAAGCUGGAACCACGAGAGGGCCCCCGAAGUCGGUGCAGUUCUCUCUGGACCCCACUGCUCUGCAGAGCAUCCUCCUGAAUGAGGGGGUGAGGGCCGGGGGGCCAGCGGGAAUGACACCCCGAAACUCCACCUGUCCGCCGGGCAGAGGCACUUCCAUCUGCACACCUCAGAGAGUCCCAGUUAAAAAGAAUCUGGCAGGGUCGACUCCGAAAAUUCGCUGGAACCCACAGAGAGUGCCCAACUCCAGGCAGCAGCCCCUGUCUGUUCUGAAAUUUCAUAUGAUGGGCCCAAAGUCACCUUACUACACUCCGGGAAGCAGACGCUGCAAAAGCAAACUGCAGCCGCAAGAAGAGGUCGUCCAGAGGUUAUUUGACGAUCGGGAGGAUGAGCAGAGCGACGAGGCGACCCACAAAGACCCGGCUCAAGCAUCAGAAAGUGACGUCCCCUGUGAGGAGAAGGGAGAAACCGUCACGACAUCCAGCGGCGUGGAGCCGCAGAGCUCGCAGGUUUUCAUUCAGGCACCGGGGAGAGAGUCUGUCAUCUUCUUCUCAUCGGGAACGAAGCUGUACAGAGUCCCCCCCGUCGAGGACCAGGUCAACCCGCCUGAGCGUCCUCGGACAGAGCUUCCAGGUCAGAAGACCUGCUCCCUGGCUCCUCCUGCGGAGAUGCUGCGGCGCCGUUUCCCGCCGCUGGAGGAGGCCCGCAUGGACCACGAGGUCUCGACGUACACCUCCCAGCCGGUCCCCGCCCACUCCAGGUUCCUGCCGCCCCGGCCUCACUGUGGAAACCCGCUGGCCUCUGCCUUCCUCUUCGAGGAGUCCACUCAGACAGUGGAGGAGCAGUACUCUGUUCUUUCUAACCUCCCGCUCGUGGAGACCACCUGUCGGUCCGCUUCUUCUGGAAACAUGUCCAAGGCGCCGCAGCCCACCAUGGACCCCACCAAGAUGGGGAUCGGGCGGUCCAUCGCCGUGCUGACAUCGGGAGGAGAUGCCCAGGGUUUCACAGAAACCGCCCAGCCCCCCGGCUCCCACUUCAUGAGUUGGACCGAGACCUUCGAAGAGGAAGGUUCUCCAGCAGACUUCUCCCCCGACCUCUGA